AGCGGGGCCGAGGGGCUGGACAGCGGCGGGCCUGAAACGCGCUCCGCACGAGUCCUCUCCACGACCCCGGAAUCUAGCGCUACCACCGAAAUGGGCCCUACACGGCACCCCCAACCAGGCGAGAUGGAAGCGGGAGGGGCGGGCGGCGGGCGGCGGCUGCAGGUGGAAAUGAGUUCUCAACAGUUUCCUCGGUUAGGCACUCCUUCCACUGGGCUAAGCCAGGCUCCUUCACAGAUUGCAAACAGUGGUGCUGCAGGCUUGAUAAACCCAGCAGCUACAGUCAAUGAUGAGUCUAGUCGAGAUGCUGAAGUCACAGCCAGGGAGCACCUGGGCUCCAGCAGCUCCCUGCAGCCCCGUGAAGAGAAGCAAGAGCCUGUCGUGGUAAGGCCCUACCCACAGGUGCAGAUGUUGUCUACACACCAUGCUGUGGCCUCGGGCACACCUGUCACAGUGACAGCCCCACCAGCACAUCUGACGCCAGCAGUGCCACUCUCAUUUUCGGAGGGACUUAUGAAGCCGCCCCCGAAGCCCACCAUGCCUAGCCGUCCCAUUGCUCCUGCUCCACCUUCUACCUUGUCACUUCCCCCCAAGGUUCCAGGGCAGGUUACCGUUACCAUGGAGAGUAGCAUCCCUCAAGCUUCAGCCAUUCCUGUGGCAACAAUCAGUGGACAACAGGGCCACCCCAGUAACCUGCAUCACAUCAUGACCACAAACGUACAGAUGUCUAUUAUCCGCAGCAGUGCUCCCGGGCCCCCUCUGCACAUCGGAGCUUCUCAUUUACCUCGAGGUGCAGCUGCUGCUGCUGUGAUGUCUAGUUCUAAAGUGACCACUGUCCUGAGGCCGACUUCCCAGUUGCCAAAUGCUGCCACAGCUCAGCCAGCGGUGCAGCACAUCAUUCACCAGCCGAUCCAGUCUCGUCCGCCUGUGACCACCUCUAAUACCAUCCCUCCUGCCGUGGUCGCAACUGUCUCAGCCACCAGAGCUCAGUCUCCAGUCAUCACUACAACAGCUGCACAUGCUACCGACUCAGCACUGAGUCGGCCGACUUUGUCUAUCCAGCAUCCACCAUCUGCAGCAAUUAGUAUUCAGCGUCCUGCCCAGGCCCGGGAUGUAACGACGAGAAUCACACUGCCAUCUCACCCUGCGUUGGGGACGCCAAAACAGCAGCUUCAUACCAUGGCUCAGAAAACUAUCUUCAGUACUGGCACACCAGUGGCUGCAGCAACAGUAGCACCUAUUUUGGCAACCAACACCAUUUCUUCAGCAACUACAGCUGGAUCUGUGUCACACACACAAGCUCCCACAAGUACAAUUGUUACCAUGACAAUGCCCUCACAUUCAUCCCAUGCUACCGCUGUGACCACCUCAAACAUCCCAGUCGCUAAGGUGGUGCCUCAGCAGAUCACACACACUUCUCCUCGGAUCCAGCCUGACUACCCCGCGGAGAGGAGUAGCCUCAUUCCCAUUUCAGGACAUCGGGCCUCUCCAAAUCCUGUGGCCAUGGAAACCCGCAGUGACAACAGACCAUCUGUUCCAGUUCAGUUCCAGUACUUUUUGCCAACGUACCCACCUUCUGCAUACCCACUGGCUGCUCACACGUACACCCCAAUCACCAGCUCAGUGUCCACCAUCCGACAGUAUCCAGUUUCAGCUCAGGCUCCAAACUCUGCCAUAACAGCUCAGACUGGUGUUGGGGUGGCAUCUACAGUCCACCUAAACCCCAUGCAGUUGAUGACAGUGGAUGCAUCUCAUGCUCGACAUAUCCAGGGGAUCCAGCCUGCGCCCAUCAGUACCCAGGGGAUCCAGCCAGCCCCCAUUGGGACACCAGGCAUGCAGCCAGCACCCAUUGGCACACAGGGAAUUCACUCAGCAACCCCACUCAGCACACAGGGACUUCAGCCCGCAGCAGUAGGUACUCAGCAGCCUCCACCCGAAGGAAAGACGUCAGCAGUGGUCCUGGCAGAUGGAGCCACAAUUGUAGCCAACCCCAUUAGCAGUCCAUUCAGUGCUGCCCCAGCCGCAACCACGGUGGUGCAGACCCACAGCCAGAGUGCUAGCAGCAGCGCUCCAGCCCAGGGCUCAUCGCCCCGGCCAAGUAUACUGCGGAAGAAACCCACCACAGAUGGAAUGGCAGUUCGGAAAACCCUCAUUCCUCCUCAGCCUCCUGAAGUGGCGAGUCCUCGAGUGGAGAGCACUAUGCGCACUACAUCCGGGUCACCUAGGCCUGCAAGUGCCAAACCUAAGUCAGAAAUCCACGUAUCAAUGGCCACUCCAGUCACUGUGUCCAUGGAGACCGUGUCCAAUCAAAAUAAUGAUCAGCCCACCAUUGCAGUCCCUCCCACCACUCAGCAGCCUCCACCAACCAUUCCAACCAUGAUUGCAGCAGCUAGUCCCCCAUCACAACCAGCGGUCACCCUCUCAACCAUUCCUGGAGCAGUUCCCAUCACUCCACCCAUCACUACCAUUGCAGCUGCCCCCCCGCCAUCAGCAGCUGUGGGUAGCAGUCUCUCCUCUGUUUUGGGCCCUCCUGUACCUGAGAUAAAAGUUAAAGAAGAAGUGGAACCAAUGGAUAUCAUGAGGCCAGUUUCUGCAGUUCCUCCACUGGCUGCUAACACCAUGUCUCCAUCUCUUGCACUGCUGGCUAACAACCUGUCCAUGCCUACAAGUGACCUACCACCUGGUGCCUCCCCAAGGAAAAAGCCUCGAAAGCAGCAGCACGUGAUUUCAACAGAAGAAGGGGAUAUGAUGGAGACAAACAGCACUGAUGAUGAGAAGUCCACUGCCAAAAGUCUUUUGGUGAAGGCUGAGAAGCGCAAGUCUCCUCCCAAGGAAUAUAUCGAUGAGGAGGGUGUGAGGUAUGUCCCAGUGCGUCCAAGACCUCCCAUUACUUUGCUCCGUCACUAUCGGAAUCCUUGGAAAGCUGCUUACCAUCACUUUCAGCGAUACAGUGACGUCCGUGUGAAAGAGGAGAAGAAAGCUAUGCUGCAGGAAAUAGCUAAUCAGAAAGGAGUGUCCUGUCGUGCCCAAGGCUGGAAAGUCCACCUCUGUGCUGCCCAGUUGCUACAGCUGACGAAUCUUGAACAUGAUGUUUAUGAAAGACUCACCAACCUGCAGGAAGGUAUUAUCCCAAAGAAAAAGGCAGCAACCGAUGAUGACCUUCACCGAAUAAAUGAGCUAAUCCAGGGAAAUAUGCAGAGGUGUAAACUUGUGAUGGAUCAAAUCAGCGAGGCCAGAGACUCCAUGCUUAAGGUUUUAGAUCAUAAAGACCGUGUCCUAAAGCUUCUGAAUAAGAAUGGGACAGUCAAGAAGGUAUCAAAAUUGAAGCGAAAGGAAAAAGUCUAGAUCCAGAAGAAUCAGGACUUUGCAAACAGAAUUUAUGAAGAAUGAUGGGGGUCCGGGGAAGGGUUUGGUUAUUUUCAAAAUGGAACAUUGAAAUAAAGGAAGCAAUUCUUAAUUCACAUGUGAAAGCAGAGGGACUCAUGGCACCGUGUCACGAGAGGAUCAGAGUGGAUCUGACACAGUGAAUUCCAUUCUUUCUUCCAGGCAUCUCCCUCUUAAACUUGCUGUGUUGUAAAUGACUCCCAGUGCCUCCGUGUCUACCAGUAGGAGUCAGUAACAAGUGAUAGCUGGCAUUUUCCAGCUUUCUGGUUUAUAAACUGUGUUUCUCUGGUGGAUUUCUGUAGGACCCAUACUGAGCCUGGACUGAAGUUAUCCACUUGGACCAUCUGUUAUCUACACUGAAAGGCAAACCUCCCCCCGCGCCCGCCGGUUCUUACUGUCUGACCUUCAAAUGCCUGAUGGCCUUUUAUGGCAGUGCCAUGGCACCCAGAGACCUGCCGCGUCUCACACUCUGGAAAGUUUGAAUUAUCAAUUAAUGGCAUUGCUUAAGAACCAUUUCAAAGUGAAAUUAUUAUGUUGUCUGUCCUGCGUGCGUCUGAGUUCAGUUUUGUGGAAGUUCAGAGCAGACAGCACCGUAAAUUGCUCUGAGAGCCUUGUUCUGAGGGCAGUCUCGCUUCUCUGUACUUCGGUAGCUGGUGUGAGGCUGGUAAGUGUAUGUACUGCGCAUCUCCAGGUACUAAUAAAGGACUCGGAGGUUUUGUACAUGAGCGGUGUGCAUCUUCAUCAAGUUGAUCCGCGCUGUGCAGGACAUGACCUGAGUGCUGACCCUGCCGGGGUUUCUCACACAUUGUUGAGAGUCUUCUCUGUUAAAGUUCUGUUAUUCCACAGAAAGAGUUCUGCUUACCUGGUAUUUGAAGGUGUCACAGUGGUGAAGUCUGCUGGCUCGUGGUUAUCGUAAAUACAAGACUAUUGUGUCCCAUUGCAGGUAUAAAUUCAUUAGAUAGGACCACGAAGGCUGCAGUAGUGGGGGAGCUUCCAGGAAGGUGGGUUUCCCUCACAGUUACUCCUUCAGCCUGGUCAGGUGUGCUGAGGUAGCCAGGCCUGCUUGCUUUGGGUAAAGGGGGCCACAUAUCUCCCUUCUGCCUGAUGUUUUCCUUCCAGCUACACAUUUAUUUCCAGUUGCCAACUUUGGGCUAGAGCUCUUCCCUUUGCCCUGAUCUGAACAGAUUUGAGAUGGGAUCUGCCAAUUCUGACGGCCUUUGGGACCAAUGCUCUUGCUCUGUAGACUGGCUCACCUGUGACCGCCUUCCUCACAUUAAAAUGGAAAGUUCUCACCUGGUAAAGGACUGGUGGAGAGAAUGAAAGCAGGCUUCAUCUUCCUCUGCUUAGGAUGCAGGCCGGCAUAGCCUCGUCCUAAGGGCCGUGACAGUCGGGCUGCGCCACUAGUGUUUCACUGGGGCGUGGAGCCAACUGAGAAGAUCACUGACUGUUUACGAGGUGCCAGUGCAGUAUGAGUGCUGGGACCGUGGGUUUGCCUGUCUCGUCUGUGUGUACUGCCCCAGUGAUCCUGUGUUCCUGCCUAGUGAAGGACAGGGUCAGACAUUGGGGAUCCUGCACUGCAAACCCGUUCUCCCUCAAAGUAUCACGACCUCCAUUUAAACAAAACUUAAGUAAGCCUGGUCAAGGGAAGCUUGUCAGUGAGGUUAGAAGAAUAGUGUUUUCAGUUUCCUCUCGCCUUAUGAGGACAAUAUGAUUAGAAGUUAGGAGAGGCAGGGGGAGAUGACUCUUGCCUAGUGCACAACAUUAAAAAGUUUUAUUGGAAACUAAUUGACACACAGUAAACAUUUCAAAGUAUACGUUUUGAUAAGAUUUGACAUACGUGUACACCCCUGAAGCCAUCACCACAGUCAAGACAGUAAACAUCUGUCACACCCAAAAGUGGCCUGUGCCUCUGAUUUUUCUCACCCUUAUCUAUCUUCCCAUGUUCCGGUAAACAAUCUGCUUUCUGUCACUCUAAUUUGCAUAUUCUGGAAUUUUAUAUAAAUUAAAUCAUCCAGUGUAUUCUUUUUUAAUGGAAGGAGUCUGGCUUCUUUUACUUGGCAUAAUGGAAUUUUUAUGCUGAGAUAGAUUCAUGUUGCUUGUUUCAAUAGUUCUGGUUUUUUUUAAUUGCUGGUUAGCAAGCAUCCCACUGUAUAGAUAUCCCACAAGGUGUUUAUCCAUUCACCUAGGAAGCGUUCUGGUUGUUAGCAGCUUUGGUUAUUACAGGUACAACUGCUUGGCACAUUGCUGUUCUUUGUAUGGACAUAUGCCUGUACACAACUUUUUAAAUUGGUGGUUUUAUGUUAGUUGUGCUUUCCAGAAAGUUACGACCAGGAGAUAGUGCUGAGGAGUUGAGAGACUUAGUGGCUCUUGGUCCAAAAAACUAUCAUUCAUAUACUUAAAGAUUAGAAAGAAUUGGAAAUAUAUUUGAGGUUAAGACUCGGAUUUGGUUUCUGUUCUUUAUAGUGAAAUAAAAGAAGCAUAAACUUGGGGGGAAAGUGUUAUCCCAUGUGUGUGUUUGGUCUAGAAAAUCUUUCAUAUUAUUUAUUUAAACCUAGAUGUUUUAAAUAUUAAAUAGAAAAUGCCUUAUAUUCAUUUUCAGUGAUUUUAUCAUUGUAAUAUAGACUCACCCAAUUUUAGGCUUUAAAAGUUAUUUAGAGGUCAUAUAGUCCAACCCAACCUGUGAUGAAAUGGGCACAUUUGGAAGGUAUUUUUUCGUACUUUCUUGUCAAAUAUGGCACAGAUACACAAAACUACAUGAACCAAAAGUGUAGCUUCAUAAAUUCUUAAAAGAACAACUUUGAAAUGAGCAUGAAGGGUAAGAAAUAGAGCUUGGCUACUGGCAACAGAAGGUUGUCAUCGCCAAUUCACUGUCAACAAAGAGUCUGCAAUUUGGGGUGCAGUGAGGGAAGAAACUAUUCAGUGUAAAUAGCUCAAUUGUGGAACAGUUCGACUGUGGGACAGCUCUGGCAAGGCGACCUGGGUGAGAAGGCUCUGGUGUUACAACUCUGGUGUCACAGCUCAGCUCCGGCGAGACAGUUCCACUCUGCUCCAAUCAAAUGUAACAGCUCCAGCCUGAGAAACUGAGUGCAAUAGAAACUGAUGAAAGUGUGCCAUUGAGGCGGAGGUGAAGCUGGCUUAUAUAGAGAAGAGUGCCCACCCCUGGUCCGUGAUCGGUCCAUUUCUAUGAAAAUGAGGCCUCCAAAUCCUCACAGUUUGGUUAGUCCAAAUAGCACCAUCCUGACUGGUCCGAAUGGAGCUGCUCUGAUUUGUCAGUGAAGAUGCAAAUGAGGACAUAGCUGCACAGCUCUGAUUGGUCAAAUUUCUUUCCUAGGAGCUCUCAUAAGGGUCAACUCAGAUGGCAGGAGCACUGUGCAGGAGGCUUGGUAGCCCAGUCUAUAGAUUUUCCCUGAAGUGCAGAGUGUGUGAACACCUCUGCAUACAAUGGCUGCUAGAUUUUGGUUGUAAAUUUGAGCUCAAGUAACCAUGAGUUAUCCUUUUUGGCAGAUACACUCUUAUUGGGGCCACACUAGUCACCUUAGAAGCCCUGCAACUGCUCCAUCCCAAUCACAAUCCUCUACAUCCCUCCAAAAUAACCAGUAUCUCAAUUUUUUUUUUAAAUAACCAACUUUAUUACAUAAUAAUUGCAUAAAGUAAAAUACCCAAAUCUUAAAUAUGCAGUUUUAUGUGUUUCAACAAAUAUAUACAACCAUAGCUAACAUCUGAAUAAAGACACAUGACAUUACCAUAACCCCAGAAAGAGUGCCCUUUUGUAGUCGGUAUACCUCUGUCCCACACCUCCCCCACAAGAGUAAACAUUGAUCUAUCACGGAUUUCUUUUGUCUGUUCUUGAACUUCAUGUAAAUGGAAUCAUACCAUCCACACUUAUUUGUGUCUGGCUUUUUUGCUCAACAAGUUGAGAUUCGUCUAUUUGUUGUAUGUAUCAUAAGUUGUUUCUUUGUACUGCUGAGUGGUAUUCUGUGUGAAUAUGCAACUGUUUAUCCAUUUCCCUAUUAAAGGACAUCUUGAUUGCUUCCAUUUUUUUACUGUUAUGAAUAAAGCUGUUAUAAACAUUU